GAUACGCGCUUCGCGGAAACGUCCCCUCAAUUAUUCGACACACGCUUCGAAGCCUCGAUACAGAACGUUACAUCACUACCGACCAGGGUUUCGCGAUUUAAGAUGGGCAAGAAUAAGUACACAACACGACUGAAAAACUUUGCACGGAGGAAAGAUUUGAAGCUGGAAUAUGAGAACGUUUUAGAGAGACCUGGCGAGAAAAGAGUCAUCAUGAGGGCUGUGAUUAAUGGGCAAAGGUUUCCUGAUGGUGAGGGGAAGAACGCUGAAAAAGCAAAGCAGAACGCAGCUCGAAAUGCCCUGGAAAGUUUGAAUGAGAAGGAAAAUCUAAUCCUGCAGAUGAAGAAAAAAGAUUCAAAUGCGCAACAUUCUCACCUGAAAUGCAGAAAAGCUUUGUUUGAUGGUAUAUCUGAACGCAAAACUAACGGGGUGUCGCGCUUCGAAGUGUUUCAAGAUGAAGCCUCAGCCACGCUGCCCACACCACAGACUGAACCGGAUUCCUGUGGUGCUUCAUUAGAACCUGUGGUGCAGACAUGUAAUUCGUCAAAAAACUCCAAGGAUAUGUUGUGUCCUGAAGAAAAGAGUUCAGCAAGCUCUCCCAGUGAUAGGUCAGCUGAUUCAGAAAUCUUCAGUCAUUCACAGUUUGACUACGUAGAGAAGCUGGGUAAAGGAGCUUUUGGUCGAGUAGUCAUGGUAAAAGAUAAACUGGUGGAAAAGUAUUACGCAAUAAAGAUCAUCCGCUGGAACGAAAAAGCUCUACGAGAAGCCAAGGCGUUGUCAGACCUUGAGCACCCUAAUAUCAUUAGAUACUUCUCGUGUUGGAUGGAGGAUUCAGGAUACCAGUCGGACAGCACUGACGAAAGCUGCAGUAAACAGUCUUCCACUGGUUCACCCAAGAAGUGCCUCUACAUUCGGAUGGAACUGUGUGACACCAAAACACUUCUAGACUGGAUAGAAGACUGGUAUACGAAGAAAUCAAACUCCAAGAGAAGAGAAGAAAGUCUGACCAUUGCUCAGCAGAUGGUCAGUGGUAUCGAGUACAUUCACUCCAAGAAGCUCAUCCACAGAGACCUGAAGCCUGCCAACAUCCUGUUUGGGCAGGACACAAAAGUAAAAAUCGGAGACUUUGGACUGGUCACUGCUGAGAACGACGACGAUGACAAGUCCCCGAUGAAGAGAACUGUAAAUAAGGGAACACCAUCAUACAUGGCUCCUGAACAGGAGAGCGAGACGAACUAUGGCAGGAAGGUUGACAUAUUUGCUUUGGGGCUGAUCUACUUUGAGCUUCUUUGGAAAUUCUCCACUCGUUAUGAAAAGUACAAGACAUGGGAAGACAUCAGAAAACAGAAGCUUCCCCAAGAAUUUGCAUCCACUUUUAUCUCGGAGUGCAUCACCAUCAGAUCAAUGCUGAGUAUGAAUCCCGAAGACCGACCUGAAGCGUCUAAGGUCAUAACAGACCUGGAAGAGUGCGCUAAACAGAUAAACGCUGAAGAAAUAGCGCGUCGUGGAAGGGCCACUGUCUAAAUAGCGGGAAUACAACAGAAGAAUUUCAUCUGCAGAUGUGGAGGGGAAAAAAGAUCCAUUGGUGCGCUUGAAAGACUUUCAGAAUAAUGUAAAAUAUUUACAUGCAACUUACAAAUCAUAAAUGAUCGUUUUUAGAACGUACCACCAAACAUUGAAGCUACAGAAACCUGUAGCUUUCAUUUUAAAAUUUAAAUGACCAGUUCUGCCCAUCCUUCCAGGAAGUGUGCAAACCAUGCCAUUUGACACAUGACUAGAUAUUUUAUUGAUCACAUAUUGAAGUUACAGUUACUAAAGUAAUCGCCUGAGAAAGUAAUUUGCUGCACUACUAGUUGCAUUAUUUUUGCGUUACACCAUAAACACACCAACACAAAUUUGUGCCCUAAUGAGGAGACGUGUACAGUCUCAUAGUUUUUAGGGAUGAACAAAAAGCCGACAACACAAAGCAAAAACUCUCAAAAACAUUUCUACUGUAAAAUCAUGAAGAGGUAGAAACAGCUUCAUGAAGGUUUGUGGUUUGAUGAAACUAACUGCUCAUCGAUGUCUGUUACCUGUUGAAGUUCAGGCUCUGACCUCUGAGUGGGGGGUCGGCAAACUCCUCCAUUGCAAUCUGAGGUGCACUGGGAUGUGAAGCUUGGAGAAAAAUCCUCAGUUUUUCUGACAAUCCUUUCUUUUUUCUGUCUUUCUUCUGUCUUAAUUUAUGUCAUUUACAUUAUUUUAAAAUCUUUUUAUCUUUUGUAUACUUUCUAUAUGCAUUUAUGUCUGUGCAUCACCUGGUGAUUGCACAGUUUCCUCUUUUGAUCAAGAGUAACGUCAAAUAAAGAGAAUUUUGUUGUU